UUUUACAUUUGGCAUUUUGACUUUUGACGUUCUGGUGACGGCAACGUUGCCAUUUAUACGGCGUAUCUGAUUUUCGGAACGCAUCAACGCACCCAUAUAUCAUCAGCUACUUAUACUUAAAAAUUCUGUUAAAAUAACAUCUUAAGUUGUAUAUAUAUAAGUACGUAUUGUUGUUGAACGCAGGUGGGUGGUGGUCUAGUGAGUGUAUUAUAAUAUAGGUAGAGUAAAAAAGGAGAGGGAAAAAACAUCAAAAGGAAAGUGUACCGUGCAAGACUGAUCAUCAAAAAAAGUGGGAGCUAUCUCAUCUCUGUCGAUCUUCUCGUUGUGUGUUUACCUAGUGCUAUUAGAGUGCGUAUUAUUUUCUUAUUUCGCAACUUCACCAGUCGCCAGGCCAUCUUGUGCGAGUGAAAGAAAGAGAAAGAUAUACCUGUGUCGUACAAUCUGUGAUGCUUUUACAUCAGUGAAGUGAAACCAGUGAACGAGUGAACGUCAACAAGAAUCGUCGACGACAGCAGAAAGCACACGCACAUGUGUACCUAUAGCUGUAGCUGCUGUUAUAGAUUGUAGGACUUGUGGCUCUUAUAAUGGAAAUGGAAUAGAAACCUAUACAUUAUACAUUAUACACUCUAAGCUCAUCGUCACCUGAACGUCGUCACUAUACAUACUUGAGCAUAUUAAGCCAAACUAGACACAGCUGCUGGAUAAGACCAGCAGCAACGUUACAGAGAGUCAAGUAUCAGAAGUAAGCAACAACAGCAGCUUCGAUAAGGAAGAGGAUACAAGAUGAACCGGGGAGACGGCCUGGUGCAGCGGCGUCGAGGCACGGCCAACAGCAGUGCCAGUGGGACAAACGGCGCCGGCGCCCAGGACCCAGCCAACGGGGAACACGCGGAGGGCCAAUCACCCGAUUCCGACGGUCUUUCCAGCAAGCACUCCCACCCAGAGUCUCCUUAUGACGAGUUUGACAACGACAAGGAGACCAAGCUCACUCUCAUGGAGGAGGUCCUGCUCCUUGGACUCAAGGAUAAGGAAGGUUACACUUCUUUUUGGAACGACUGUAUAAGCUCUGGGCUGCGAGGAUGCAUUUUAGCUGAACUUGGCCUGAGAGGUCGAGUUGAGCUUGAAAAAGCUGGAAUGAGAAAAAGAGGGCUACUAACAAGAAAAUUAAUAUUAAAGAGCUGCGCUCCUACUGGUGAUGUCUUGUUAGAUGAGGCAUUGAAACAUCUCAAAGAAACAGAUCCUCCAGAAUCAGUGCAAAGUUGGGUAGAAUACUUGAGUGGGGAAACAUGGAAUCCAUUAAAACUACGAUACCAAUUAAAAAAUGUCAGGGAAAGACUCGCCAAAAAUCUCGUGGAAAAAGGAGUUUUGACAACGGAAAAACAAAACUUUCUUCUCUUUGACAUGACGACUCAUCCACUAACAGAUAAUCUUACUAAAACUCGACUCGUGAGGAAGAUCCAGGACGCUGUGCUCGCUGGCUGGAAAAACGUGGCAAGUCGCAUGAACCCACGCACCCUUGCCCUGAUAAUUCUCGCGCACGCCGCCGACGUAUUAGAAAACGCGUUUGCGCCUUUGUCUGACGACGACUACGAAUUGGCGAUGCGACGAGUAAGGUCGCUCCUUGAUCUUGACUACGAGGCUGAAGCUGUGAAGUCUGAUGCCAACCCCGUCCUGUGGGCUGUGUUUGCGGCUUUUGUCAAGUAACGACGACUACUUGUGCUGCCUCUGCAUUAAAAACGAAUUUUGAAAACCAACAAGCAACCCCCCACACACACAAUCCAGAAUAGAAGACAAAGAAAGGUCGCCAAGCCACAAGGGACGGACUUUCGUGCUUCUUCUUUUUUCUAUAUUAGGAAUUUAUCAAAGUUUUUGUAAUGUUUUAACAAAUGUAGAGACUAUUUAAAUGCAGACAGUCUUCGUUUUUUGAAGUUCUGUCGUAAGCCAGAAUGAAUGGGAGGGGCGUAGGACGAUUGAAUACGGCAGGCCUUGCUUUAUCUUCUUCUCUUCAUUUGCUCGGAGAGAGGGUAGAACAUUUGUGUUGUGUGAGAAAACGAGUUCAGGCCGAUGCGUUGCUCGUGCCAUUUUUAAUCUGUGAGUAUGAUUAGAAAAAAGAUAC